AUGAUGAAAUAUAUCAAAAUUCAUUUAGAAAUACAAUUGGAAAUGAAUGAAUGUUUUAGAAAAUUUUUAUUAUUCCAACAAACUAUUUUUGAUAAAGACAAGUUAAAGUGUUUUACUGAAGAAGAAACAUUUCAUUAAAUUUAGGCUCUUUAAAUAAUUUUUAAUAAUAAUAAUUUAUUUAAUGAAUAUAUACUAGAAAAUUCAGACUAAGGAGAUUUUUAUGAUAAAAGAUAUAUAUCUUUUUUGAGGGAAUUAUAGAAAAACUUUUAGAAUAGCGAAGAAAAUGAAAUUCUUGAAAUCUUUUAGGAUUCUUCAUAUAAAGUUAGAGAAUCUUUAGCAUUUAAUUUGAUUAAAUUGCAAUCAGUUGUACAUGAGGAUAAAAUUUAAGAAUUUUGUUCAAAUUUGUUGAAAUAGCUUUGGAUGAUUGAAAAAUAAACUAGUGUUAGAAAAAUUUUUAAAAAUAAAGAAAUGAUAGAAAUGGAAAAAAAAUUAUUUUCUAGGAAUUUUUCAACUUUUUCAAAUUAAUUAAAAACUGAGAUGUAAAAAAGAUUAAAAAAAUUAGAAUAGUUAGAAACAUUGGUUCUGUUAAGUAAUAAUUAAACAGAAACAAAAAAUUAACUUUAAUAAGCUUCUGAUGAUUUUGAAAUUUAUCUGGAUAAUAUCACAAAGAUGUCACAUAAAAUGGAUAUUAGCUUUAUUUUUAAUAGAAAUAAAUAAAGAUUUGAAAACAAUAAAAAGAUCAAUUUUAAUUAAUUUCUUCAAAGUGUGAAAGGAAUUGAAGAUGAUGUAAGAAAGCUUAGAGGAAAAGAUUAUUUUGAAUUAUUACUUAUUUGUAAAGAUAAAGAAUUGAAAUUUAAAUAAUAAGCUGAACUAGGUACAUAUUUAAUUUACAACAUAAGAAUAUGAUCCUUCUUCAGGCUAAAAAAUAGAAAAUACAAAUGGAGCAGUAUUUUCAGAUAUAAUAAAAAAUAACCAUAAUGAUUUUGAAGGAGAAAUAAAUGAAUUUAUAUGGAAAGAAGAAGAAAAAAAUAAAGAUGUUAUGCUUUUAAAAUGGCAAGGCAGGUUCUGGGAAGAGUAGAGCUUCAAGGAAUAUUGA